AUGGCAGAGGAUAUUGAUGAUAAUCAAUUAAAAGAAUAUUUUGUUGUUGAAACAAAACGACAUAAACCAUGUUUAAUAUUUCGUGGUUAUCGUUAUGUACAAGAUAAAAUACAAAAUCGAACUAUUUAUUGGCGUUGUGAAGAUCGUGCACAUUGUAAUGGUCGUGCUCAUCAACUAGUCGGAAAUGGAUCAAUACCUAUUCUUACUAUAAAACAUAAUCAUCAAUCUAUCAUUGAUAAUAUUACAACAAAUGAAACUACAAUAAUAAAUAGCCAUAGUCGUCAACGACGACGACGACAAGAUCUUAAAACAUCCUAUUAUCAAUCAAACAAUGAGGGUAAAUAUCAUGGCAUUUUAUUUUCAUACGUUUUAUAUGAUUAGGUGGUGAUGUCGAACGAAGAGGGGCAGUAGAUAGAACGAGGGCAGUGGAUAAGGGAGAUGGGACGGUGAAAGAAAAAGAGAAGCGACGGAUGAAAAGGACAAAAUGUCCGUCCGCUUCGCUCGCAGAAGCCGACGGGUCGUCGGAGAAGGAAAGAAGCAAGUGACAUAUUUUAUGUUUUUGUAUACGUUUGUAUGCAUGUUUCACUCGACUUUCGGUUAUAAAAAAAAAAUAUUCUUCUAUAUAUGUGGAAAAAAAAACAAUACUAGUUUUCUAAUCGAAUUAUCGUUUGCCUAAAAAAAAAAUAAAACUUAAUCAUGAUUAAAUCUCAUCUAUACAAGGUAAGUCAUCCAUCUGUUUUUUUCAAUCUAUAUCAGAUAACACUAAAAUGUUAUUCAUCAUAUGAUUGAUUAUCCAUGUCCAUUUUUUUUCGCUAUUAUAUAGACAAAGAAAAGAACAAUAGGCUAAAUAUGUGAUUUUUUUUUAUUUUUUGAUCGAAAUAAUUGUUGUCAUGUGAUAAAUGGUUAUAUUUAGUAAAGUUUUGACAGUUUCUAUUAGAAACAAAUGCACACAUUUUCUCUAUACAACAUUCAUCAAUAGGAAAAUAUGUAUUUGCGCGAAUUGUUUUUGUCAGAUCUUGUUAUAUAUGUAUAAUGUUGUAGAAGUAUUUGUUUUUGUUUGUAAGAUAUAUUAAUUAUCAGAUACUUAUUUUAGCUCUAUAUUUAUCUUUGUAGAUAUUUAUUAUCAGAUUUUCUCUAUUUAUUCGAUCUUUGAUUAUUCAUGAGAAUGCCUAGUUUUUUUUUCUCUUUUUUUUUUUAUUAUAUAUUUAUCUCAAUACUGUUGAUGCCAUUUAUUGAGAAUCGAUGAGGAAAAGAAAAAAUCCGACAUUGAUUACUUUGACCGGCUAAAUAGAAAGCUUUUUACACGCGACCAACCGGCUCGCAACAAACUGGUACGAACAAGACCGACGUCGGCUAUGCUGCUUCUUCUUCUUUAACCAGUGCGAGGUUUCUUUCGUUCGCAUCUGUGUAUGCAGUAUGCUUUGCACACACGUU